UGUCAUUUGGCAUCAGCCGUGGUCCGAGGCGAGUGAGGAUACAGUAGAGGAGGACCACUCGGGCGGCACGGAAAACCAGACGGGGGAAAGCAACAGAAACAAGACAGACUGCGACUGCAUAUAAACGGACCCUUCCGAGCCCAGAGAACAUUCGCUGACCAUUUUCAGCCUAAAACCUUGUUUCUCUGGCCAAGACGUCCCGACAAAGAGCUCACGAAAGAGGAGAUGAUAUGUUGACCCAUACCCGGCUGCUGCUCAGACUGCCCCAGUGUAGCAGGGUGUGGAGUGUGGACCGUGGCCCAUUCAGCUGACACUGUAGCACACACCGUGGGCUCUGGAGCUGGAGUAGGAGGGAAGUCCAUCGGAAGGAGAGAUGGAGAGAGCGGAGAAGGAGAGGUGGAGGGAGGCGGAGAGAGCGGGGGCCCAGUGCGUCAACCGCGGGGAGGAGGAGGAGAUGGAGGUGUGUGGCUUUGUGCCGUGCACGUGGCGGGUGUGUGUGCUGGCUGUGGGGUGUGUGUUGUCAGGGGGUCUGCUGGCCCUGCUGCUGCUCUGGGUCCCCCAGUGGAGCGUCCGCUGGUCCUGCAUCCCCGCCCCCCUCCACCUGGCCUCUGUACUGCUGCUGCGCACCACUGAUGAGUUUGGCAGGUAUUUCCGGGUGUGGGUGCGGACGCUCCAGGUUCCUGGGGUGGACCCCCUGGGGCUGGGCGUGGCAGCGGAGGGGGGAGAGGAGGGACAGGACAGCUGCACCAAAGGACUCCUGGACAACACACAGUCUCAACAGCAGGUGCGCUACUUCUGUCUGCAGUCAGUGGUGUAUGUGUGGAGCUCUGGGUCCCAGAGCUUCUCCCGUCUUACUGCCCUGGACUGCGGUGUCCCAAUCAGAGACUUCUACACUCUGCACAGCACAGGACUGCUGCCUAGCGUACAGCAAUAUAGGAGGCUGUUUUAUGGAAUCAAUCAGAUUGAAGUGAAAGUGCCUUCUAUUCCCAAGCUACUCGUCAAGGAGGUGCUCAACCCUUUCUAUAUCUUCCAAGUCUUCAGUGUUAUUCUCUGGUCUCUGGACGAUUAUUAUUACUACGCCUCAGCUAUCUUAAUGAUGUCACUGCUAUCUGUCUGUACCUCACUGUAUACUGUCCGUAAGCAAUACAUCCUGCUCCAUGACAUGGUAUCUGCCCACAACGUGGUGAGGUGUACCGUCUACAGAGGCAGCCAGGACACUGAGGAGAUCCUGUCCACUGACCUGGUUCCUGGUGAUGUCAUAGUGAUCCCAGCCAAUGGUAUGAUGAUGCCCUGUGAUGCGGCUUUGAUAGGGGGGACCUGCAUUGUCAAUGAAAGCAUGCUGACAGGGGAGAGUGUGCCCGUGACCAAGACCCAGCUGCCACUGUCCCCCCGUGGCAGCAGCGCGAAUGGCGCCCUCCAGGAGCCGCUGUACGACCCGGAGGAGCACCGCAGGCACACACUGUUCUGCGGGACGCAGGUCAUCCAGACACGCUACUACAGCGGAGAGAGCGUCCGCGCCGUGGUCAUCCGCACAGGGUUCUCCACAGUGAAGGGGCAGCUGGUAAGGUCCAUCCUGUACCCCAAGCCCUCGGACUUCCAGCUGUACCGGGACGCCGUCCGCUUCCUGCUGGGGCUGGUGUGCGUGGCGGCUGGGGGCAUGGCCUACUCCAUCUACAUCAGUGCCUCGCAGGGGGAGUCGGUGGGGCGGAUCCUGGUGGAGGCGUUGGACAUCGUCACCAUCACGGUUCCCCCGGCGCUGCCCGCCGCCAUGACGGCCGGCAUUGUGUACGCCCAGCACCGCCUGCGGCAGAAGGGCAUCUUCUGCACCAGCCCCCAGCGGAUCAACACCAGCGGCCAGAUCAACCUGGUCUGCUUCGACAAGACUGGUACUCUGACUGAGGACGGCCUCGAUCUUUGGGGGAUUCAGAGGGUCGCGGACAGCAGGUUCAGUCCUCCAGAGCAGGAGGUGGCAGUAGAGGUUCAGUCCCCUACUCCUUUCCUGGUUGCUAUGGCAUCCUGCCACUCCCUGACCCGCAUUGAGGGACGUCUGACCGGGGACCCUCUCGACAUAAAGAUGUUUGAAGCCACAGGUUGGGUCCUUGAGGAGCCCAGUCCUGACGAGACCUCCAAUCAUGACCUCAUCAUGCCCACCGUGGUUCGACCCGCAAAUCCCUUCCCCCUGGAAACACCAUCCUUCCAGGAGCAGGACCCGGAUAUCAGAGAACUGAUGGGGCGGUACGAGGUGGGGGUGCUGGCCCAGUUCCCCUUCUCCUCCUGUUUGCAGCGCAUGAGUGUGGUCACCCGCGUGCUGGGGGAGCGCAGGCUGCGGGCCUACCUUAAGGGGGCGCCAGAGACUGUGGUCCGCCUGUGCCGCCCAGAGACGGUGCCGGUGGACUUCUGGGAGGUGCUGGACAGCUACACUCGGCAGGGGCUGAGGGUCAUCGCCCUGGCUCACCGGCAGCUCGAACCCAAGUUCACCUGGCACCGCCUGCACACCACCGGCCGUGAGGCGAUUGAGUGUGAGAUGGAGUUCCUGGGCCUGCUGAUGCUGCAGAACAAGUUGAAGCCCCAGACAGUGCCGGUGCUGGCCGAGCUCCACCAAGCCCACAUCCGCACUGUCAUGGUAACAGGCGACAGCAUGCUGACGGCAGUCUCCGUGGCAAGAGAGAGUGGCCUGAUCCCACCCCACUCCCAGGUGAUCAUCACGGAGGCCCACCCCCCGCGAGAGGGCCAGCCGGCCACUGUGGCCUGGAGUUACAGCCAGGACAGCCCCCACGCCCCACGCCAGCCCCCAGCCUCCGCCUCCGCCCCCGGCACCACCCAGGAGACCCACGUCACCGUGGGCCCGCAGCCGCACCCCACCCAGCCCAACUACCACUUCGCCAUGAGCGGCCGCACCUUCUCCAUCAUCCUGGAGCACUUCUCCGACCUCCUGCCCAAGCUGUUGCUGUGUGGGACAGUCUAUGCCAGAAUGGCCCCUGAUCAGAAAACACAGCUUGUGGAGGAGCUGCAGAAAGUAGACUAUUUUGUGGCAAUGUGUGGAGAUGGAGCCAAUGACUGUGGGGCGCUGAAGCGGGCACACACGGGCAUCUCUCUGUCGGAGCUGGAGGCAUCCGUAGCCUCUCCCUUCACCUCUCGAACCCCAGACAUCUCCUGCGUGCCCCACCUCAUCAGGGAGGGGCGGGCGGCCCUAGUCACCUCCUUCUGUGUGUUCAAGUUUAUGGCCCUCUACAGCAUCAUCCAAUACCUGUGUGUGCUGCUGCUUUACUCUAUCCUCAGUAACAUGGGAGACUCCCAGUACCUGUUCAUCGACAUCGCCAUCAUCAUGUCUUUGGCCUUUACCAUGAGUCUCAGCCCGGCCUGGAAGGAGCUGGUGCCCCAGCGCCCCCCCUCCUCCCUCCUCUCCCCCUCCCUGCUGCUCUCUGUCGCCGGGCAGAUCUUGCUAGCUCUCUCCUUCCAGACCACCGCCUUCCUGCUGGCCCACACACACGUCUGUGACUCUGCCCAGAACGAGACCUACCCCUCCAAUUGGCUGGCCGGGAACCUGUCGGGGGCGGCGGCCAAUGGGAGCGUGCUCCCGGCGGGCGAGGACGAUGGGGAGGAGGAGUCCCACAACAUCCAGAACCUGCAGAACACCAGCCUGUUCUUCGUGUCCGGCUGCCAGUACCUCACCGUGGCCCUGGUGUUCAAUCGCGGGCCGCCGUUCAGACAGCCCCUCUACACCAACUAUCUGUUUGUGCUAUGCAUCCUGUCCUCCUACUGCUUCCUGAUCACCACGCUGCUGUACCCUGUACCUGCCCUGCAGGACUUCUUCCAGCUGGUGUGUAUACCUAUGGAGUGGAGGCUGACGCUGCUGGGUCUGAUCAUAGCAAACCUGAUCCUGGCCUUCACACUGGAGAGUGUCAUUACAGACUGCAGGGAGCUGUGGAAACGACAGUGCUCCAAUCAGAAGCUACAUGAGCCACAUGCUGACGCCCACUGCCCUCAGAUGGAAGUGGAUGGGUUGCCAAUGCAGCGCAGUCGCUACGGUUGCUGUUGCCAUAGUUCCCAGGCUCCCAGAGCCCGGUACCAGCGCCUGGCCCAGGAACUCCUGCUGGACCCUGACUGGCCGCCCCACCCCAGCUCCAAGGCGAAACCUCCCACAUGCCCUGAAAGUGGUACAUUCCAGGGCCAGGCACCUCAGACAACUCCCCUCUGA